AUGCGACUGCCACGCCUGACCCCUGGCUACCUCCGGGUGCUACGGAUGCAGGUAGCCGGGAAGCUGAAGGCAGAGCCCCGGUGUUCACUGAUGGGGGUUGUGGCUACACUGAUGGCUGUCCUCGGACUGGGUGGCUCCUGCUAUGCCGUCUGGAAGAUGGUGGGACAACAGCCACCGCCACGGGCCCCGUGA